GAACACGUGACAGGGAAGAAAAGAAGAAGGGGAAAAAAAAAAAAAAAACAGGAGGAAGAGAGAUAAAGGGGAAAAAUAAACAACGGGAAUAUCGUCCGCCUGACCAGAGGAGGGGGUCUUUAUCUGCAGUUCAUUUGGAGAGACAAAGACUGAAGAAGGUUGGGGGACAUGUUGAAAUGUCAGCUCCAGAUGUGAUGGGUGGACAGUGGUGGAUGUCAGCUGGAUAUGAGAUGAGGAGCACGUAAAUAAAGAAUCGACUGAGGAAAAAGAGGAGAGGAGAAGAUGAAGCUGAACGAACGCAGCGUGGCGCACUACGCCACCUGUGACUCACCGCCAGACAAGACAGGCUUCCUGUUCAAAAAGGGGGAGCGCAACACGGCUUAUCACCGGCGCUGGUUUGUCCUGAAGGGUAACAUGCUCUUCUACUUCGAGGAGCGCGACAGCCGAGAGCCCAUCGGGGUCAUCGUCCUCGAAGGAUGCACCGUGGAGCUGUGCGAGUCGGCCGAGGAGUUCGCCUUCGCCAUCAAGUUUGACUGUGCCAAAGCGCGGGUGUACAAGAUGGCCGCUGAGAACCAAGCAGCCAUGGAGUCAUGGGUAAAAGCGUUGUCGAGGGCUAGCUUCGAUUACAUGAGGCUGGUGGUGAAGGAGCUGGAGAGGCAGCUGGAGGAGAUCCAGGAGGCUGCAGGAGGUGGGGGUCUGCAGGGCAGGCCCAAGUCCUCCAGGCGAAACCAGGUGCCACGGUGCAAGUCCGGAGCAUCCUCUUCUUCAUCAUCUUUAUCUUCCUUAUCAUCAUCAUCAAGUGCCCCUCCCAUGUCAGUCCCCUUCUCCGCACAGAAGAGCCUCCAGGACGAGGCGCAGCUCGUCUCUGAGUGCUCCAAGGAGAAUGGAGUUGCAUGGAGUAAACCAGCAGUUGCCUUGGCUAACGGCUCCAUUGAGGCAGCGUCCUCCUGUGUGGCCUGGGAAGGCUGCGCGGACUCUGGGAGUAACACUGUGAUUGGUUCUGGGGCUGAUGGGGUGAGGGCUCCGCCAGUGCCACCCAGGAGGAGAGGAGCAUCCCUGGAAAGCCCCGUCUCCCCUGGCACCGGCUGCUUCUCCAAACUCCAUGACUGGUACGGCAGAGAGGUGGAGGAGCUAAGAGUGGAGUGGCUACAGAGCCAGUGAACUAAUGGAGGUGGAUCACCUCGUUUUCCAGUUUUAUCAUUCCUUCCUCAACAUUCUGCAAUGUUACAGCCUUUCAGACCCAACAGAAGGGAGAGCAAACUGAGACUUAAUUGCAAAUUGCAGUCUUAUCACCAACCAAAUAAUAAAAAAACAAACAUUUUAGACUGAUUCCAGAUCUUGUCUGGCACAGGAGAAUCAAUCUGUCUUAAACAUUAACACUAUCCAUUGAACAAUCCAAGACAUUUUAAAACCCAAAAUAUGCUUUUUUCCACAGUGUCAUUUGCCAAGGACAAUUCAAAAUGUUAAGAAUACAGUAUUUAAAAUGGUAUUCAUUGUCAGUUUUUCUUGCAAGGUGCAAAGAGUUGCAGCCUUAUAGAUUUCUGAAAAAUAGGUUUUUCUAUUAUUAUAUUGCCAAUAUUCACUUCAAAAUGUGCAUGUACAAUUGUUUUUCUGUAAAGCUGCAGGGACCUUAAAUCUAAAAUCACUACAGUUAAGUCUCUUUCUGAUGGAAGGGACAAGCCCUGGAUGGUAAGGAUGUUUUCUGUUAUAUGCAAUAUAUUAUAUGUUAUGAAAUAAAGAGGGCCACAUGAGUAUUGAUCUAAAGUCAUUGCACAAAACAGAUCCACAUGGAUCAGGUUGCUAUAGUGACAUUAACGGUGGCGAGGGAACAGAAAAUCUAGCAGCUUUAUAUCUGAUGAUGUCUAAGCUUUCCUCUCCGGAUGACAAAACAAAAUUAAUUUGUACAGUUGAUGAGAUUUUUUUCACAAUCUAAUGGCAAGAGCACCAAGACAACGAGCAGCUUACAAGUUUUAAAAAUGUAUAAUCUAAAUCUCUAUAAAUAAAUCCAAACAUUUCCUGCAACUCAAACCACUUUAACUCCUAAGCUCACUUUAAUAUGUCGACUUGUAAAGAAAAGAGAAUUUUCCCGGGAUAAGACGUGGUUGUUGGGUGGGCACUAACUAGCCCACAUUCUUCUCCGUACUCCCACAGGGGCACAUCUCACCCCAGAGGCCUUGUGGUUGCUAGGGUCAGAGCAUCCUCUCGACAGUCACCGGGGACCGUAGUGGGUGCUGGAUGUCUUGCUCAGAGCAAUACGCUGGUAUUUUUAGCUCUUGUUAGCCAGCGGCCAGAUGAGGCUGUGUCAUAAGAAUGCUUGUCACUUAGUUCUCGUUUGACUCUGUAUUCCAUAAAUAUCUUUGAAUCUACGGGAGUUAACACAUGUCACUGUUAUUAUGAUCAUUUCAUAUCAUUUCACAUCAGAUGGUCUUAAUUUGGUCAUGCUUUUGGUUUGUUUGUUACAAGCUGGUUAACCUAAAAGUUACUGAAUGAGUGUAACUGUUAGAGGCCUAUACUGUGUGUCUACAUCUAACCUCCUGGUUUGUAUAUAAAUAGUUACUGUUCCAUGUUGGAAAUUAACACCAGCAGUCUGCAAUAUGGGCUUUUUUAAAAUGAUUGCUCAUCCAAUCUCAUAGACGUUUACAUUUUUGUUUUAUAUGUGCCUUCUGUUAUCUUUAUAUUGCACUUGCAGCCAUUACCAUAGGACUACAGUGAUGGCAGGCUUUGACUUUGCUUCUUUUUUUGAUUGUACUCCUCUUCAUUCUUGCAAAGGCUCAUCUGGGUGCAAUCACUUUUUGACAAUGGCUCAGUUACUUCAGUGUGCAUCAAUGCACAGCACUAUCAUUACAAUUACACAACAAUGUGGGAAGAAGCGGUACAGUGUGGAUUGUAUUUUUUCAGAACGAAAGUAUUGAGGCGGUUUGCUUUUGACACCUAUUAUCUAGAAUUAUUGUUGUAAAUCCAAUUUUGUUAACUCCAGAAGAGCAUUAUCCUCAUUACGGAUGACAAUAGUCUGUUUUUUGUACAAUAAUAUUUAAAGGAAUUUGUGAAUGUGUCAAAUAAACCAUAUAAGUGAUAAUGGUUUCUGUCUUCAUGCAGAAGUGCCAAAUGAAGAAUGCAAUCUAAAUGCACAAUAAUAAUUUUUUUCGAUUGACUUCUACAAUUGUAGUACGGUUUUUCAACGUCAUAGUACACAAUAUGAUCAUUAUUUUAAAUAACCAAUAUAUGUAACACAUUGUCCUGAAAAGAUGUAUGCAUUUAUUGUAAACCACUCAAUAAACAGUAUAUUAAAACGUUA